ACGGUUUUCUCUUUACGACUGUACGCAUGGUGGUUGUGCUUGAGAUCGCCAAAGCCGCCUUGUGAAUUAUCCGGUUAUCCCUGCUAGAAACCAUGCCCAAACUAAGCAAGGAGGCGAAGCAGCGGCUGCAGCAGCUCUUCCAGUGCGGACAGUUCGUUAUUCGGUGGGGAUUUAUCCCUACGGUGCUGUACUUAGGGUUCAAGAGAGGAGCUGACCCCGGGAUGCCGGAACCCACUGUUUUAAGCUUGCUCUGGGGAUAACAGUCCUAUAAACAUGAAAACGAGCAGCCUGCAGUCAGAACAACCAGGAGACCUGGUUUCCUGGUAUGAACCAGGAGAACAACCGCCAGCUCUUUUUGUAGCGUCUGCGUUAUUUUUCGUUAGAUCUAACUCUUCUGUUAGAUGGCUACAUCUUGCCUUGUCAAACAAAUUUGUGGUGGAAAAGCAAUGUAAGAAUAACCGUUUAAGUAGUCAAAUAAAAAUGCAUAAAAAAGGAAAAACAAUAUAAAA